AUGCCUCCUCUGUUUUUAUUCUUCUUUUGUCGCAACAUUUUGGUGUGUAAUUCUUCCCCUUGUUCCACUGUUUCCUGGGGUUUUGUUUCCAUAGCUGCUUCUAAUUCAGCUGCCUCUUUCAGCUCAUCUGCCAAACUACGUGGAAGUGGUGUCUUCACGAAUGUACUGUGA